CCAGCUUGUGCGACCAGGUUCUUAAGAACACAGCCACGGUCAAAGAGAGUUUAUCUGGACCCCAACAUGAUCACGACGGUCGACCAGCGCAUGAACACGACCAAGCCGGACAUCUUGUCCCCAAAACCCACAUGCCACACAUUCGAUGCUUCCGCGGAUGGCUACGGUAGGGCCGAAGGGGCCGGAACGCUGUUCUUGAGCCGCCUUUCGGACGCUAUCAGGGAUGGCGACCCGAUCAGAGGAGUCGUCCGCUCCUCAGCUGUCAGCACGUAGGUGUACUUGACAAAUUAUUCGAGCCUAUCCGUGGACAAAUUCGGG